GAUUACAUAUGACAGUAGUAAUCAAAAUGGAAGUUUUGAAGGUGCUGUGUAAAGACUAUCCUUCUUUGAAUUCUUCUUCUAAGAAGCCCUGUUCGGAGCAUAAGCUUUCCAAGCAUGGCACUCACUUUUCUAGGCAUUCUCUACGUUUAUAUCAGCCAAGAAGAAAUUCAGUGAGCUGCCUUGCAAUUAGAGCUGCAAAUUCCCAUGUAGCUAUCAAAAAAGGAAAUGGAUCAGUGAAAGAGCAUUCAUUGUGCAAGGGCCUGGGUAUAGUUGAUUUUCUUGAGGCCAAAAACAUUCUAGUCACUGGUGCAACAGGCUUCCUUGCAAAAGUGGUGAUUGAGAAAAUACUAAGGACACAGCCAAAAGUUGGAAAGCUCUUCUUGAUUAUCAAGGCUAAAGAUUCAGAGGCUGCAUUUCAAAGGAUGAAGAAUGAAAUAAUAUGUUCUGAGUUAUUCAGACAUCUAAGAGGCAUUUAUGGAGGACAGUUGGAGGAAUUUGUACUGACAAAACUUGUACCUGUUGCUGGUGAUGUUUCAUUGGACAAUUUAGGAAUUCAAGUGGACGUGGCUGAAAAGCUUGCACACAAUGUAGAAAUAAUUCUGAACUCUGCAGCUGUCACUUCAUUUGAUGCCAGGUAUGAUGUUGCUUUGGAGACAAAUACAAGAGGACCGUCUCGGCUCAUGGAGUUUGGAAGAAGUUGCAGAAAGCUACAGCUCUUUCUGCAUGUAUCAACAGCAUAUGUUAAUGGGCAAAGAGAAGGGAGGAUAGUAGAAAAACCAUUCAAAGGGCUAGAAGAUGCUCCAGCUUUGAACAUUCUAAAUGAAAUUGAAUUAGCCAAAAUAAGUCUGAAUUUUCAUCAAACCAGAAUGUCAGAACCCCAAAGCUGUAAAGCUACAAAUGAGGAUGGCAUUUCUCAAACAAUGAAAGACAUGGCUUUGGAAAGGGCAAGAACAUAUGGAUGGAAUGAUGUUUAUGUGUUUAGCAAGGCAAUGGGAGAAAUGUUUUUAGACCAGAACAGAGGAGAAAUCCCGUUGGCUAUUGUUAGACCUAGUGUGAUUGAAGGAACCUACAGUGAUCCAUUUCCUGGAUGGAUAGAAGGCCUUCGAAUGGUAGAUCCAAUAAUUGCCUACUAUGCAAAAGGCCAGCUCUCUGCCCUGAUUUGUGAUCCAAAUGUGACACUUGAUAUAGUCCCAGUAGAUAUGGUUGCAAAUGCAAUACUUGCAGUAAUGGCAAAGCAUGCUGGCAAAUCUGGCCUGGAGGUUUAUCAAAUGGCGUCUUCUGUUGCAAACCCAAUAUUUACAGGAGAGCUUUUUGGGAUGUUUCAUCAGUAUUUCAAAGCCCAUCCUUAUGUUGAUGUUAGGGGCAAACCAAUAAAAGUAAAGGAUUCUCUCAAGCUAUUUGGCAACAUGGAAGAUCUUUCUUCUCAUGCUUUAAACAUGUCAUUAAAUGCAAAUGGGCACUCUUUUGGUCAAAUGGAAAAGCAAGAGUGCAUAGCUAUGAAGUUAGGAGCCCGUGUGAAUAAACAUGUAGGCAGAGUAUACCAGUCAUAUCUUACUUGCAGAGCCAGAUUUGACAACUCAAACACAAAUAUGUUAUUCCAAGAACUCUCCCAAGAAGAAAAGGAAAUAUUUGGGUUUGAUGUGAAGAGGAUAGACUGGAACGAUUACAUAAUGAACGUUCAUAUUCCGGGGCUUCUCGGAAAUGUUAUGAUGAAAAGAAGACCUAAAGCCAUUGAAGAAGAGAGGACUCCUGCAGUUCCUCUAUUGUUGAGGUCUUAGAUAAUAAAAAUAGGAAUUGAAUGGAUUUCUCAGGGCGCCUUUUCUCUAUGGGUAGCUUAUGAUAUGAUGUAUUAUUAGUAUCUAUUAUAUUGUAAGUUUUAAGUAUUUAUCGAUUAUUUUAAGUUGAGUAAAUCUUUUCCAGUCUAUUUUGAAAGUUGCUGGGUCAGGUUUUUUUUGGUAUAGUAUCAUAGAUAGGUGUUGUAGUAUAAAGUGAUCUGUCAGUAUGAUAUUUAUGUUGCAGAACUUUUGAUCAGAACGCAAACAAAAUCAAAUAUGCUUCUGUUUUAAUUGUUUCAUUGAUACAAUAUUCAGAUAUUUUUGAAAUAUAUUAAGCAAGUUUCAUUUAUUUCAAUUC